AUGACAUUUCAAAUGACGAAACCAACACUUAUCGACAUUCUCAACAAUGAAACAUCAUAUCCGUAUUCGCUUGAUGAUUUUGCUACAUUUCUAGAUCAAACAUUUUGUCUUGAAAAUCUAGAAUUCUGGUUAGCCGUUCGUCAAUACAAAUAUUAUACAUAUAAUUUUUACAAUUCACCCGAUCUCUUGACACCAAAUUCAUCAUCAUUAUCGCUUCCAACGUCAGAUAUUCUUUACGAUGAUGCAUCUUUACGUGGAGAUGCACCAGCACAUUCAGAAUUUCUUAAACAAAAGCUUCACAAAAUUAUUGAAACUUUUAUUUUACCACAUUCACCAAAAGAAAUUAAUAUUGAAGCAUCAGUUCGUGACGAUUUAUUAACAAAUGUUUUCACAUAUAAUAAUUACGAUUCAUCAAUAUUGGAUGUUGUUAGUAAUCAAAUUUUUGAAUUGAUGCAAGAAUCUAGUUUUGCUCAAUUCUUGAUUGAAGCUGGACAUCUUGAAUUAAGAUUAUCAAGUGAAAGCGAAAGUUGUCAAGAAGAUUGUUCGGAACCAUCAAGUCCAGGUGACCAACUUUUUAGCAAAGGUGUCUUCCGAAAUAAUCUAAAGGGUAUUCGAGGGAAACAAAAAUUCA